AUGGCCAUGUGGGACCGCUCCUAUGGUAGCACACCUGCAUGGACGCCCGCUACGGUGACAGCGGCUCAUGGGCGGCGUGUGACGACCGUACAGACACAAAGGGGGCUCGAGCGUCGCCACCAUAACCAACUCUGCCCUCGGGCCCCUGUCUUGAUUCCUCCCCAACCGCCUUCCCUGCUUCCUGGUGCGGACACGUCCCUCAAGGUGGAUCCCUUCCCUUCAACCUCCAUCUCCUCGCCGGCUCUGCAGACACCCCUUCCGCCUCGCCAGGGUAUAGAGACGCCCUUUGACCCCCUGCCAUCUGGUGACACCUUGAUGGAUGCCGCAGACAGUCUGCCCUCCCCUCCCCCAGUUGUCCCUCUGGAUAUAUCACACCCUGUGCCCUCGUUCCACCUGCCCCGGCAUCGUCCGGGGCAUUUCCGACCCUAUGCACCAACUUUGGGGGACUUUGGGGGGGAGGGAUCUAGUACCUCCCGUCGCGGAAGUCGAACACGCACCAGAACAAAUGGACGUGGUCAGCCCAUACAGGGCUCCGUAUCCACGGCGGCUAUUCCGUGCAGCGGCUCUCGCGCAGCGAGGGCGCCACCGCUACGCCACGUGCAGACCACGGCCAAUAGCCGCUCCCUCCGGUUUCGUAUAUAG